GGGUGUUACGGCGAUAAGCGAUAAGCGAGAAAACUGGAGAAGAAAAUCAGACACCGUACAUCACCGUAAACGAACUCGGGUGUCGAGUGAUGAGCAGUUGACUCCCGAAGACCGACGUUCAACAAAUAAUAACAAUAACAACGAUAAUAAUAGUAACGACGAGCAGCAGUAGUGAAAAUAAUUAGUAAUAAGUCCGUCAGUUCGCCGCGGGUUUUCUCGCGCAAGUUGCCGUCGUCGCUGCUUUCUCAGCCGACUGCCGAGUCAAGUCGGCUCGGAAGUUGCGUUCGUGCGUAUUGUGCGCUGUCUGCGCCCGUCCUGUUUCGGUUUUCAGUGUUUUUACGGCAAUGCGCCCCUCCGGCAAAUCACUGUUUAGUCAACGUUCGCUCAGAGGUGUUCUCCUAUGCGAGUCCGCCACCGUCGCAGAUUGAACGCCGUCCAUCUGUCCGGGUAAUGGUCUCUAAUCAUGGGCGCGCAGCAGACCAAGGAUCGCGCCCUGACCUCGGGAUCGCUGACCGUGCGCAGCAUCAGGUCCAAACCUCGGUUUUCCAACGUCAAAGACGGCAAGAAUCAAGGACUCAACAUAUUCACCGAACACAGUGAAGCAUUAUUACAAAGUCGCCCUUUACCUCACAUACCAGAUCUUCCUGAUGGCGAUCCUCCUGGGACCAUUCCUUCAGGUGGUGGGAGUUCUGGCGGUUCAAUUGGUGGAACAAUUUCAAGCAAUUUAGAAUCUUCAAUUCGGUGGACAUCAAAAGAAAACUUAUUGCAAUCCCAAGAAGAUGAUGAUCCACAGUUAUUUGUUGCUUUAUAUGAUUUUCAAGCAGGCGGUGACAACCAACUCAGUCUUAAAAAAGGAGAACAAGUUCGUAUUUUAUCUUAUAACAAGAGUGGUGAAUGGUGUGAAGCACAUGCAUCACCAGGACAAGUUGGAUGGGUACCGUCAAAUUAUGUUACACCUGUUAAUUCAUUGGAGAAACAUUCUUGGUAUCAUGGUCCUAUAUCAAGAAAUGCUGCUGAAUAUCUGCUUAGUUCAGGAAUAAACGGAAGUUUUUUAGUUCGGGAGAGCGAAAGUUCUCCAGGUCAAAGAUCCAUUUCAUUACGAUAUGAAGGACGUGUUUACCAUUAUCGUAUUAAUGAAGAUACCUCUGAUGGAAAAGUAUAUGUGACCACUGAGAGUCGUUUUAACACCCUUGCUGAAUUAGUUCAUCAUCAUUCAAUGCAUUCUGAUGGUCUUAUUACUCAACUUUUGUAUCCAGCUCCUAAACAUAACAAACCUACAGUAUUUGCACUUAGUCCUGAACCUGAUGAGUGGGAAAUUAAUCGGACAGAUAUUGUUAUGAGACACAAACUUGGUGGAGGACAAUAUGGUGAUGUUUAUGAAGCUGUUUGGAAACGAUAUAAUAUGACUGUUGCAGUUAAAACCUUAAAGGAAGACACAAUGGCACUCAAAGAUUUUUUAGAAGAAGCAGCUAUUAUGAAGGAAAUGAAACAUCCAAAUUUAGUUCAAUUACUGGGGGUUUGUACUAGAGAACCACCAUUUUACAUAAUAACAGAAUUUAUGAGUAAAGGAAAUCUGUUGGAUUAUUUACGGCAAGGCAAUAGGGAAAAUAUUAAUGCGGUUGUGCUUAUGUAUAUGGCUACUCAAAUAGCUAGUGCAAUGAGUUAUUUAGAAAGUCGCAUGUUUAUUCAUAGGGAUUUGGCUGCACGUAAUUGUCUUGUUGGGGAAAAUCACCUUGUCAAAGUUGCUGAUUUUGGUCUGGCCCGAUUAAUGCGUGAUGAUACAUACACAGCACAUGCAGGUGCAAAAUUUCCUAUAAAGUGGACUGCUCCUGAAGGCUUAGCUUAUAACAAAUUUUCAACCAAAUCUGAUGUGUGGGCGUUUGGUGUUUUACUAUGGGAAAUUGCAACAUAUGGUAUGUCACCAUAUCCUGGAGUUGAUCUAACCGAUGUUUACCAUAUGCUGGAAAAAGGAUACAGAAUGGAUUGUCCACCUGGAUGUCCACCAAAUAUAUAUCAACUAAUGAAACAAUGCUGGCAGUGGGCUCCAAACGAGAGGCCAACUUUUAAAGAAAUUCAUCAUGCAUUGGAAAAUAUGUUUCAAGAAUCAAAUAUUAUUGAAGAGGUGGAAAAACAAUUACAAGGAAGUUCAACACCCCAACUAUCACAUAAAAAGUCUCACGGUAAUAAUUCAAAUAUCAUGGGUACCUCUUUGGAAUCUAACGAAGCAAUUACACAAGUUGAACGUAAUUUAUCUACAUUUGGUGGACCAGUGGUAAAAGGAAGCCUUGUGCAAUUACGACGCCCAACAAAUAAACGUGGAAAAACAGCACCGGCACCACCGAAACGUACCAGUUUGCUGUCAUCAUGCAGUUCAUUUAGGGAUUCACAUUAUGGUGGUCCAGUAAUGGCUGAUCAAAAUGAUGCAGCUAUGUCUCUUCCUCCUCAACACUUUUUCGAAGACAACUUUCCACCAAACGGAAUUACCAAAGAGUUGCACAAUGUUGUUAACAGCCUCGCCGAUAGCGAUGGUGCCAGUGAAGAAAGCGCCGAACCAGUAGAAACAGAAAACGAGUGUACCCACAUACCGCAGCUGAAUCGAGUCCACCGCGGUUCCCUCACCAAAAAGACGUCCAAACACCAAGCGUCACACCCACUAUACCAAAGAGAUACUGGGAACUUAGACACGCCGAAGGUCGCAGCGCUGGAAGUGCAGAACGUGAAGCGCGCCAUCAACCGCUACGGCACGUUGCCAAAGGGGGCGCGUAUCGGCGCGUACCUAGAGUCAUUGAGACAUGGCAACGGCGAGUCGGCCGAGACGGGCACCACCAAACCGCCAGCUAGUCUGCACCGCAGUACUAACUUGCCGUUACGUCGGCCUUUCCAACAACCAGGUAAUAUGACUAGGAGUAACUCGUCGACAAAUUUUCAGCCCUCUUCGCCGCGGACCGUCCGCGCCCAACCGACUGCACCGCCGAAUCUCGCGGAUCUCGAAUUCCCUCCGCCGCCGCCUCCCGAAGACCUCGACCACGAGGAGAUGUCCACGUUCCGGUUUGGCGUGAGUCUCAGACAUCGAGAACCGUCGACGGAUUCGUGCAACAGUGCCAAAUCGGAACCGGCCAGACUGAAGUGCGUCGCGGCACGCAAGGACAGACUGCAUCCGGCCGAGCAAAACAACAAACCUGGGGCGGGACCCGUCGUCGAUCCGUCGCCCGUGUUGUCGAAAAAGAACAUUGCGGUCGCCGAAGUGUCACCGUCAUCGGACGAAGACAACACUGCCGCCAAAAACGUGAAAAGUCUCGUGCCGGACAUCAUGAAAGAAAUGAUGGAACUAAAACAUCAAUCCGCGGCCGGCGACAAGAAGACGACCUGCACGAUGGGCGACGGUGGCGCCGUGGGCAAGGAAGAUCAGCAACAGCGGCCUACGUCUCCGGUCGAUUUCAAAACGAGCCUCAGAAAGGUGAGCGCUAAGGACGACCGCGAUCAAUAUCAACUCCUUCAUCAAAAUCAUCAGCAACAACAGCAACAGUUGCAGCGCAUCGACAACAACAUCGCAGAAAUCAAAUCGCAAUUGAAAAAAGUGAAAAUCGACGAGAAAAAAGACGUCGGCGAUUUGGUCGAAUCUACCGGCGACGGCGGCGAUGGCGGUGACGACAAGAGGCGAAGCACAGGCAGCAUAAGCAGCUUGAAGAAACUCUGGGAGGGCGAGAGCCCGCCGUCGGAAGUGGCGGUGGCGGUUACGGCGAAGGAGAGACGGGUUUGGCCGCCCCCACACGACGACAACCGACCGGCCGUGCCCGUCAAGCCGUCGUCGGCGGCGGCCGCAGCUGCCGCCGCCGCCGCCACCAAGUCGUCCAACAAAUCCAACGCGAUAUACGCGACCCCGGGCGCCGUUUCCCCGUCCAACAUCGUCGAACAGUGGCAGACGGUGGACAACAGUCUGCGGGCCCUGCGCGCCGCGCCCGCCGUCACGUCGGCCGGCUGGCUGUCGCUGUCCGACAAGGUGGGCGGCUUCCACUCGUCGUGCCUCAACUACGCCGACACCGCGGCCCCGCCGAACCUCAGGUUCCAUCUGCGCGAGCUGCUUAACAGGUUGGAAUCGCAGUCUCGGCAGAUGCGGUCCGCGGGCGGUGGCCGUCAGCAGGCCGACCACUCGACCAUAUUCCAAACGUUGGACGGCACCCUCAAAGACAUACUCAACGUCAUACAGAGAUAAAAUUCGCCGGCCCGCCGCCACUGUCGAGUGUAGUACGAAUACACAAACACUUACCUUACUACCUAUUUUAUAAUAUAUUUUACUAUCAUAUGAAUAUUAUUAUGUAUUAUACGCUUGCUCUGCGAAUACCGCCUUGACGCCGUGGUGUCACAUUCCUUUAACGAUAUAUAUUCUAUACGAAAUUAUUUAUUAUUUUUUAUUAUUAUGGUUAUUAUUAUUAUUAUAAUUAUUUUGAGUUUUGACUGUACAGACUUUAUAUACUUUCUCUUAUAAUAAUAUUGGAACACAACAAAAUAAGUGUAUACUUAAAAAUUAGCAUUAUAUAUAUACGUACAUACUUUGUGCAAUGUGUGUGACUUCGAUGUUGAUAAAUUUGUCGUUUUUUUCGUUUUUUUUUUCAUUGUUACGUUUUACAAUAACGUUUCGAGGUAAACUCUCAUUUUCACUAUUGUGAAAUUAUUCAUAUUUCUCUGUUUUUCUCGAUUAUUGAUCUGACCGGUUUUAGAUUAAUUGAUGAGCGAACGUUUAUUAAAUACUUUUAUUCUUUACAUCAAGUCGUAGUUGUUCCCGUCUGUUGUAAAGCACCAGUAAAAACAAAAAUAUUUCGGUUCCACUACUAUAUCUUUGCGCUUUUUCGUGCAGUUGAUUAGGACGAGACUUACCUUUCGUAAUUAUCAAGUGCUCAGUUUUUCCGUAAAAAAAGUAACUAACGCUUAUACCUAUUUCGUCAUUAUAUACAAAUUAUAUAGAAAAUAUGUAUUAUACUGGUAUAUAUGCUAGUAUGUAUAUUAUAUACACAUUUUAUAUUAAUGAAAUCAUUCCAAGUGUUGUGCAGCAAAAAUGAGACGUCGGCUCUUUAUCUAAUCUUUCGGUAAAUAUAUUCCGUCAUUCGAACUGCUUAUAAAAGGUAUAUACGAGAGAUCCUCGUAAGAAAUAAAAAAUAAUAUGUUAAUUAUAAUAAUUAAUUAUAAAACCAUUACAUGUAAAUGUUGUUAACGCUUUUAAUUUGUUUUUAGAAGUGUUCCCGCAACAUAAUUGUCAUUUUUUCUUUGGACCCAUGGGUUUAUUCAUAUUAUGAAAACAUAUUCGUACUAUAUUUAUUAUGAACACCAGUAGAAUAUUAUUUAAGUCCCGAACGAGUAUUUGUACUCUACUUAAAUUGGUUUUUACUUACUUGCGCGUCGACAGAGAUUUAUGUGAGCAGUAAGGUCGGCACACAAAGAUUAUUAUACCUAUUUGUUUUUUGUUUUUAUGUGUUUGGUCUCUACUUAUUUUAUUCUGAACGACCGAUAACUUGCACGUUUGGAUGUGUGUGUAUGUGUAUGUGUGUGUGUUUGAGUUUAUUUCGUAGCUAUUUUUUUAUUUAUAUUUCUACCUAAAGAAUUAAACUGCCCAUAUUUUGUUGCUCAAUGAUUUGUUAAUUUUUACCAUACCCGUAAGAUGAUUACGCCACGAUGUCGAUUUUAUACCCUCUGUGUUUUUUAUGCGUAUAAUUAUUAUUAUUAUUAUUAUUAUUAAUUACAUAUUUAAAUCCACCUCACUUCCUUGUUUUCCCUUCUUGUUCGAUACAUGUAUCGUUAAUGAAUCGUACGCCUACAUCUUAUUGUAAAAAUGCGGUUUUUGAGUCUUUGAUCAAUGUAAUCUUUAAUUCAAUUAUAUAUAUAUAUAAAAAAAAAAAAAAAAUUGAAAAGACUGAAAUGAUUUUGUCCACUGGUAGGCCUUUAUAAAUUAUUAAUAUUGCGAUAGCUAUAUAUAUGUUAAUCGCAAUAUUAUGUGUGUAAGAGAGAAAAAAAAAUUAUCUUUAAAUAUAUUAUGUAGAUCUACGUACCUAAUCAUAUAACUUAUAUAUAUUAUGUCUAUAUAAUAAAAAUAAAAAUGUUUCAUUUUAAAAUACUGAUCUAGUCUUUAUAUAGUUGUAGGUUAUUUUUUUCGUAUCAAAAAUGCACGUUAUACCUAAAUAUUAUAUUAUUUUCUAAUUUCUAUUAAUGAAUCUUACAAUGUGUACUGUUUUUGCGCUCCGACUGUCUUGAUAUGAGUCUUACAUCUAUUAUUAUACUAGAUAUUUAGAACUUACUGCGCGGAAGCGAAUGUAAAACUUUAUUACAACGAUAUUAUUUUAUUUUAUAAAUCAAUAAUGUAUGUUAAUAUAAUAUAUAUAUUAAAAAAAUAAUAGUGAGUACUAUAAAAUAUACUAUUGACAAUGUUACGAUUAGAAAUAAAUGUAAUUUUUAUAAUAUUUAAA